AUGAAUAAUGAGCUAAGGAAAGCAGCCGUUAUGUUCUUACGAAAUGCUAUUGGACGUAUACUGGCCGAUCGUGACAUCAAGAGAAAGGAACAUGCUCAAUUACGAAAAGCAUGUGAGCAAGCAAUUGAAGAGCUUGAUACUGAUAGAAUUGAUGAAGGCCAAGGUACUACGACUAAUGUUCUACCAUCUAAGGGCCAUUAUAUAUAUGCUGAUCGAUAUUUUCUGCCCUUUGACCUUGCUUGUCAUUCCAGAUUGCCACGAAUUGUUAUUAUUGCUCUCGACUGCUUGCAGAAAUUAAUUGCAUACGGUCAUUUGGUGGGUAAUGGAAUUGAUGUGGCAAAUCCAGAUCGUCUUUUAAUUGAUCGUAUUGUCGAAGCCAUAUGUUCACCUUUCUACGGUCCAAAUACGGAUGAAGGUGUUCAGUUGCAAAUCUUGAAGGCAAUAUUAGCAGUCGUACUCGCACCAACAUGUGAAGUACAUAGAGGCACGCUUCUUUUGGCAGUUAGGACAUGUUUUAAUAUUUACUUAGCUAGCCGAAGUCCGAUCAAUCAAUCAACUGCGAAGGCUUCUUUAACACAGGUAAUUAAUACAGUCUUUGGAAGUGCACUGAAUGCAGGAGAUGUAGCUUCGUCGCCACACCAAAAUGAUGAAAAAAUUGUGCGAGCAGUUGUUAAUUAUUUGGUGGGACAAGUAUCAAUCAAUACCGAUUCUGCAUUAGGCCACAGUAAUCAUCAGGGUUCGACUUUGAAUUCGGUAAUGGCUGAAGUAUCAUUACCAUCUUCUUUUGCGUUAAAUCCAAUAUCAAUAUCAAUGACGUCAGAGUCCGGUGAAAAUAUCAGCGAAGAUGUACCAUCCGUACAUUUGCAUUUUCGCACUGUGCAGGAAGAAGACGCAUUUCUAUUGUUUCGAGCACUUUGCAGACUUUCAGUUAAACCAAUUCCCGAACGAUCUGAUCCAAACAGUCAUGAAUUACGUUCAAAGGAGUUAUCGUUGGAAAUGUUGUUGCUCAUCGUGCAGAAUCCCUCAUCCUUAAUACAUUCCUCACAGCCUUUUGUACUUGCACUGCGACAUUUAUUAUGCGUUUCACUUUCACGAAACGGGGUUUCACCAAUUGUUAGUGUUUUUGAAAAAUCAUUGGCCAUAUUUGUACAACUGGUCAAUAAAUUCAAAAUGCAUCUGAAAGUGCAAAUUGAGGUUUUCUUCAAAGAAAUAAUUUUUUCAAUACUGGAAAGUAGCUCAAGUUCAUUUGAACAUAAAUGGAUUGUAAUUAACAUGUUGGAGAAGAUUUGCGAAGACCCACAAAGUAUGGUUGAUAUUUACGUGAAUUAUGAUUGUGAUCUUACGGCAACUAAUAUAUUCGAACGUAUCAUUGAUGGUUUAUUCAAAGUUGCGCAGGGAGGAUCCGUUUCUGAUUACGGAAGUUCAGCUGCUGUAUUACAAAAACAACGCGAACGGUCCAUGAGAAUUCUGGGAUUGGAAUGUUUAGUUGAAUGCUUGCAGUGUAUGGUUGAUUGGUUUGAUGAUAUUAGUUCUAGUCGACCUCUUCCUGAUGAUGCGGAAAGUAUAGAUGUAUCAUCGGCUGAAGCUAUGAUACCACAAACUUCAGCUGUGUAUCAAUUUGAGCAAUUGAAACAAAAGAAGGAAACAAUGGAGCAUGGAAUUCAUCUAUUUGCUCGAAAAACGAAUCAAGGUUUAAAGUUUUUGCAAGAAAGGCAUUUAAUUGGUACUAAACCAGAAGAUAUUGCUACAUUUUUCCAUAAUGAAGAUCGAUUGGAUAAGACCGUUGUUGGUGAUUAUCUUGGUGAUGGUGAUGAUUUCAAUAAACGAGUGAUGUAUGCUUAUGUAGACCAAAUGGAUUUUUCGGGUCGAGAUUUCGUUACUGCUUUGCGCCUAUUCUUAGAUGGAUUCCGUCUUCCUGGUGAGGCUCAGAAAAUUGAUCGGUUAAUGGAAAAAUUCGCAUCACGAUAUUGUGAAUGCAAUCCAAAUCUUGGUCUUUUCGCCUCUGCCGAUACAGCAUAUGUUCUCGCAUACUCAAUCAUCAUGUUAACAACUGAUUUGCAUAGCCCACAGGUACGAAAUAAGAUGACAAAAGAGCAGUAUAUAUCAAUGAACAGGGGAAUAAAUGAUCAAUCUGAUCUACCACAGGAAUACCUAUCCGAUAUAUACGAUGAAAUUGCAGGACGUGAGAUUAAGAUGAAGCCAGGACUCAAUAAAUUACCUAAACAGAAUGCAACGGCGACUUCAGAGCGACAGCGUAAGCUGUUGCAAGAUGUUGAAUUAGCGGCCAUGGCUCAAACAGCUCGAGCACUGAUGGAAGCCGCAUCUCAUUACGAAGCUGAAUUUACGUCUGCUUCGCAUUGCGAACAUGUUAGGCCAAUGUUUAAGAUCGCUUGGACUCCUUGUCUAGCAGCAUUCAGUAUUGGAUUACAAACUUCAGAAGAUGAAAGUGUCAUAUUUUGGUGUCUGCAGGGAUUUCGUCUUGGUAUCAAAAUCGCUUGCAUCUUUCAUUUAAUCUUAGAACGAAAUGCUUUUAUACAAGCACUAGCGAGAUUUACAUUAUUGACUGCGAAAAAUUCUAUGGUGGAAAUGAAAUCGAAGAAUAUUGAAUCAAUCAAAUUAUUAUUAACUAUUGGCGAAGAAGAUGGAAAUUGUUUAGAUGAGUCUUGGAUUGAUGUACUAAAAUGUAUUUCGCAGUUAGAGUUGGCCCAGAUGAUUGGCACUGGUGUUAGAAAUUCAAAUACUUCAAUUGUUAGCGGUUCUUCGGUCCAGUAUGGGUUGAAAAAUGCUUCUCAUGUGGAUGAGCGGAUGUUACAAGAAUGUUUGGGUGAAACUACCUCACAGAGCGUUGUUGUUGCUGUCGAUAGGAUAUUUCAAGGAUCAUCAAGAUUGGAUGGCGAUGCUGUGGUGCAUUUCGUGCGAGCUUUGUGUGAAGUUUCGAAGGAGGAAUUGUCAGCGAGUGGUAAUCCACGAAUGUUUAUGUUACAGAAAAUAGUUGAAAUAUCAUUCUAUAAUAUGAAUCGUAUCCGUUUGCAGUGGUCUAGAAUAUGGACUAUCCUAGGAGAACAUUUCAACAAGGCAGGCUGUAAUGCGAAUGAAAAUAUAUCACAUUUUGCUGUCGAUGCACUACGGCAGUUAUCGAUGAAAUUUUUGGAACGAGGAGAACUGCCGAAUUUUCGUUUCCAAAAGGAUUUCCUGAGGCCUUUUGAGAUUAUCAUGAAUCGAAAUAGAGCUUUCCAAUCUCGAGAAUUGGUUGUAGAAUGUAUUAAUCAUAUGGUAAAUACACAUUAUAACAAAAUAAUAUCCGGUUGGAAAAACGUAUUUUCUGUCUUUACAAUGGCAGCCAGUUUGAGCGAUGAAGGAAUCGUUGAAAAUGCAUUUACGACAACUAAUUUUAUAAUUACUACGGUAUUUGCUACAGAAUUUGGCAACGCACUGGAUUCAUUUCAAGAUGCCAUCAAAUGUUUGUCAGAAUUCGCAUGCAAUACGAGUUUUCCAGAUAUAUCCAUGGAAGCAAUUCGACUAAUACGACUUUGUGCAACAUAUGUUUCAAGCAAUCAGCAGCAAUUCAUAGAACAUCAGUGGGAGGAUAGCGCAAAUUUGCAAGACGCUCAACGGAUUUUCUUACGUGGAUGGUUUCCAAUUAUGUUCGAAUUGUCGUGUAUUAUCGGAAGAUGUAAAUUAGAUGUAAGAACAAGAAGUUUGACUGUUAUGUUCGAGAUUAUGAAAACAUUUGGAACAGAAUUCAAGAAUGAGUGGUGGAAAGAUUUAUUUCAAGUUGCUUUUCGGAUUUUUGAUGUCAUGAAAUUGGCUGAGGAGCAAAAUGAAAAGCGAGAAUGGAUGCGAACAACGUGCAACCAUGCUCUUUAUGCUGUUGUUGAUGUCUUCACUCAGUAUUAUCCUGUUUUAUCAACAAUUUUAUUAACUAACAUUUAUGAACAGUUAUACUGGUGUGCUCAACAAGAAAAUGAGCAGUUGGCUCGUUCAGCUAUUAAUUGUCUAGAAAGUUUACUUCUUCUCAACGGAUCCAAAUUUACGGUUGAAAUGUGGAAUGAAACGAUUAUCCUGAUCGCGAAUAUUUUUAAUGUAACACUUCCGCACUCACUACUUACAUGGGAACCGGAUGAUGUCCUGAACACGUUUAUCAUACCAAAUGGUGAGAAUCACCAAGUGAGCAAUGAUGGUACUCAUCAAAUAGUGUUUAGUUCAAGCGGUAACGAUGCAUUGUUUACAACAGUAUUGGUUCGAUGUAUUGUACAGUUGGAGUUAGUCGAUGCUGUAAAUAGUAUUAUAUUCGGUCAAGAGUCUGUGAAAAAGGAUGAAGCGAAAGCAAAUGCAGUUUUAUCGAUAGUAUCACAACCGGAAUCAUAUAACAAACCUACUGGACAAGAGUUACGGAACGGAGAUUUUAAACAAGAAGUUGUUGAUAAUGUUGAGAACGGCACCUUAGAAAGUACAGAUGGAGGCCUCUAUAAAUAUAUUGAAGUGGAUCAUCUCAUGCGACUGGUUGAAUGUCUUCUUGAUUCUCAUAUUCUUGCUCAAAAAUUUAAUGGCAACAAUACUCAGCGUACGUUGCUGUGGAAAGCCGGUUUCAAAGGUCGAAGUAAACCGAAUCUUUUGAGACAAGAAACACGUAGUGUACGAACUGCCCUUAAUAUAUUGUAUAGAUUAUAUACUGAUACUGGAAAAACAUCAAUGCAGCAAAAAAUUAAUAUCAAAAUCAAAUUGUUGAGGGUGGUAGAGAACACGCUCGAUUACUAUUCAGAAUUAAAAUCCGAGCAACAUCGACAAGCUUGGAUUCCGGUGGUGCAUUUAUUGCUAGAAAAAACAGAUGCACUUUCUUCAGCGCAGCUCAUUGAUCUUGGUCAAGAUUAUGCGAUAACUAUGUGCCGUUUGGUGGAAUGUGAAAUGCGUGAAGAUUUAAGUUAUUCGUACAACAUUUCCUCUUUGUUUUUUAAAACAUAUCGACAGCAUUACGACAGUAUGACAGUAAUAGAUUCUUACAAUUUUCCAAUAAUUGGUUUAUUUUUGAAUUCGGUAGCCGGUUGUCAAUGUCGCAGUAAUUAUUUUAAAAAGUGCGAUAGUGAUUGUUGUGUUUUGCUCACUUAA